AUGGCGGCCCAAACGUCCAUCACCUUCUCAAACUCCACUCAACCUGGUCCGCCCCUCUCGAUCCCCCUUUCCAAACCCCCCAAGGAUGUACACGGCUCCGAGACCUCCACACCGGGCCGCGAAGCCUCCCUCAUUCUUCUCGAGGCUGUCCCAGCCCACGAAGGCAACAUCGCAACCUUCCUGCGAGACAUCAACAACGGCGUCAACCAGGAACCCGGCACGGAUCCUUGGCUCGAUACCCGCUUCUCCAAGACCAGCUUCGCCAUCUCCUGA